AUGCAAUCUGUCCGCAACGGCUUCGAUUCUUGGCCAAAGUUAAACUCAGCAACGGCUUCGAUUCUUGGCCAGUCGGCAACGGCUUCGAUUCCUGGCCAGUCGGUUAUAUCGGAGAGUGCCAACUGUUCGAUUCUUAGCCAGUCGGCUAUUUCGGAGAGUGCCACUGUCCACUAUUUCUCCCUUGUUCGAGCUUUGAGUUCGUUGCACCUUGAGGUCUUGAAUUCUCUUUGUUCGCCAGUCGGCUAUGUCGGAGAGUGCCACUGUUUCUCCUUUGUUCGAGCUUUAAUUUCGUUGCACAUUGAGGUCGGUCUCUCCUAUAAUUCGUUACACCUUGAGGUCUUGAAUUCUCUCCUGAUUAAGGUCUUCAUUGUGCGGAAAGACAUCGGCUGGUCUAUGCCUUGCAAAAUUAUUGUACCCUUCUUAGCAAUUCUACUACCACUAUAA